AUGGAAACGUGGUUUUGGGUUCUCUGCUGGUUCCUCAGCAUUCUCACGAUGGCUGUAAAUGGAUUUGUCAUCUUCCUCGUCUGCAUUAAACGUCACCUUCGCACCAAAACCAACGCAUUUGUCGUGUCUUUAGCAGUGGCUGAUCUUGGUGUUGGAAUGAUUGCUGUUCCUUCGCUUUUUUUCUGCAGCCUUGCAACCGAAUGUACUCCACGCUCAAAAGAGGGAUUAAUUGUGAUAUAUGUAAGGGUGUUCAUUCUUUACAUCUCUGGAACAAAUUUGUUUAGUUUGGUACUAGAACGUUAUGUUGCUGUUGUGAACCCUUUGAAAUACUUGACUUUUAUGAGGCAUCGCCGAGUCAUUCAAAUGGUUCUAACAUCUUGGGGAAUUCCUUUUCUUUUCUCUCUUACUAUAGUGUCGAUUAGACCUAGUGGAAUCGGUCUUGCCAGGACGAUGCUCGGCUACUUGGGUUUGCUUUUCGAGAUAAUCUUGUGCGUAAUUCUAAUUUUUUUUCUUGCAUCCAUGUUUCUUGUUGUUUACUCAAGAGAUCGCAUUUUAGCUAAGCAAUUACGGUUUAAUCAUAUGGUGGCUAGAGCUAAAACUCAGAACAAGGCGUCAGCGGUAAGAUGGGUGGCUUUGAUAACGUGUGUGUUUCUAUCGUGUUACGGAAUAAUGAUGCGUUGUAGUUUAUUAUUUUUGACUGGUCAAUCAUGUAACGAUUUUCAUUACAAAAUACCUCUUCAAAUUAUUAACUCCGGAAUAAACCCUAUAGCUUAUGCUUUCUUCAAAAGAGAUAUACAACAAGAA